AGGCGGCGCGGGCGCGCGGGGGGCGGCGAGCGGGGGCCGGGCGCAGCGAGCGCCGCGCGGGCCGCCACCAUGGCCACGGACGAGCUGGCCAGCAAGCUGAGCCGCCGGCUGCAGAUGGAGGGCGAGGCCCCCGCGCCGCAGCCCGGGCUGAACGGGGCGGCGGCGGCGGGGCCGGCGGCCGAGGAGGCGGCGGCCGAGGCGCUGGGCAGCGCGGACGACGAGCUGAGCGCCAAGCUGCUGCGGCGCGCCGACCUCAACCAGGGCAUCGGCGAGCCCCAGUCGCCCAGCCGGCGCGUCUUCAACCCCUACACCGAGUUCAAGGAGUUCUCCAGGAAGCAGAUCAAGGACAUGGAGAAGAUGUUCAAGGAGUACGACGCCGGCCGCGACGGCUUCAUUGACCUGAUGGAGCUCAAACUAAUGAUGGAGAAACUCGGAGCCCCCCAGACCCACCUGGGCCUGAAAAACAUGAUCAAGGAGGUGGACGAAGACCUGGACAACAAGCUCAGCUUCCGGGAGUUCCUCCUGAUCUUCCGCAAGGCGGCAGCCGGGGAGCUGCAGGAGGACAGCGGGCUGCACGUGCUGGCCCGCCUCUCCGAGAUCGACGUCUCCACCGAGGGCGUCAAGGGCGCCAAGAACUUCUUCGAAGCCAAGGUCCAGGCCAUCAACGUGUCCAGCCGCUUCGAGGAGGAGAUCAAGGCCGAGCAGGAGGAGAGGAAGAAGCAGGCGGAGGAGAUGAAGCAGCGGAAAGCGGCCUUCAAGGAGCUGCAGUCAACCUUCAAGUAGAGGCUCCAGCCUGACCGCCCGCCUGGCCCGCCGGGGUCCAGGGCCCCAGCCCACAGCCCCGCGCAAGGGGACCACCCCAGAAACCCCACAAACAUCUGUGAGCGGAGCGAGCGCAGCGCUCGGAGGGGCUCAGAGGGGCCCAUGUCCCCCGAGGCCGGCUCCCCACCCACCCGGCGACCCCCCCACUGGUCCCCCCAGCUGCCUGCUCAGCACGGCUGUCACUGUCUCCCCGCACCUUCCCCUGAGCCAUCCCGGUCACUUCCCCACCAGAGGAGGCAGCCCGGCACCCCAUGUGCUAGCCCUCGAGAGAGCCCCGAGGGCUGGGGAGCUGAGCUGCUGGUUAGAGGCCCCAGGCGCCCUGCACCCCAGGCCUGUUCUCAGCCUUGUCCCCCUCCACACACACACACACACACACACACACACACACACACACAUACAUACACACACACACACACACACACACACACACACACGGGAGUUAGGGAAGGGCCCAGACAGGCAGGGGAGGGGGCAGCUGUGCCAUUCUACCUCAGGAGCCCAUACUCUGCCCACCGUACCCUAGGAGCAUGGGCAGCGGGGGCUCUGGGGGCAGAAAACCCAGCCUGAGGGUCCUGGGGGCUCCCCCAAAGGAGGGUGGGGACGAGGUAUUGGCCCCUGCGGGGGCCCGGAAGCCAGCACCCCUCCCGGCCCCGUUCCUCGGGGAGUCGAUCAAGAAGUGCUUUAAAGUGGUUUGCAUGGGCGGGUGAGGGAAUGGGAGUGCAGGGGGCGGGGGGGGGGUCUGUCUGAGCCCUUUCACGCCCUCCCUCCCCUGCGGUCACCAGCGGCCAGCCGGGACUGGCCCCCCGUCGUCCCAUCCUCCCGUGCCACCCGCCAUGGCCCCUCGCGGCUCCCAGUGUGCCCACGUGCGUGUGCGUGUCCUUUGCUGUGUCGUGAAACUGUGACGUGGUCUCGUUCCCAACAAGUGAAGGGGCCACUGAGCCCCCCCACCCACCCCCACCCCUGCCCCCGACCCCGUAUGCAACUUCCGGUGUGUGUAUCUGCCAACGUCACUGCUUGUGAUACUUGAUAACACUUUAUUUUAGUAAGAGGCCCAUGAAACUCCCACGGGCCUGCAGAGGUUUUAUUUUUUUGGCCUUAGAAUUUGCAGAGUUUAGGAGGCACUGACUGACACCCCCCGCCCCCCCAGCCCCUAUGCCCUCCACCCCCACCCCUACCCCCAGCAGCCUUGGCCCCGGAUUGCGUUUGCCUUAGCAGAUAUGUUUAUACAGAUGAAUAUAGAUCUUUUCUUUCGGCGUACUGCUUUUUAUUUUUCCUCUUCCCUUCUCACCACCGCCCCCCGCCUCUCCCAGCAAGUGCUACUUCUUCAUUCAGUGGUACGAUUAUUUUUUUUAACUAAAGUAAGAUUAAAAAAAAAUCGUAUAUUCUCA